UGGAACUGGGCUAGCGGUAGGGGGAAGCGGCGCGUUAAAUCUGCCCCCUCCCCAUACCCUACUUCCGAAGGGGUGGGCAGUAGAGGGGAGGUUGGGGUUGGAGCAGAAGCGAGGGGGCCCCUCCCUUGCGCCUCCCCCCCACCGGACUUGGUCGCGCCCGAAGUGUAACACUUUCUCUUUGUCGGAGGAGCUCUUCUGUUUCCUGUGCAGUAGCUCCCGUUGCGGCGGCGCCCGUGGCAGCCCUGGCGGACGCAGGAGCGAUGGCAGCGACCGAUAUAGCUCGCCAGGUGGGUGAAGGUUGCCGAACCGUCCCCCUGGCUGGACAUGUGGGGUUUGACAGCUUGCCUGACCAGCUGGUGAAUAAGUCAGUCAGCCAGGGCUUCUGCUUCAACAUCCUGUGCGUGGGAGAGACAGGUUUGGGCAAGUCCACCCUCAUGGAUACCCUGUUCAAUACCAAGUUUGAGGGGGAGCCAGCCACCCACACGCAGCCUGGUGUCCAGCUCCGGUCCAAUACCUACGACCUCCAAGAGAGCAACGUGGGGCUGAAGCUCACAAUUGUUAGCACAGUAGGCUUUGGGGACCAGAUCAACAAGGAAGACAGCUACAAGCCUAUCGUGGAAUUCAUUGAUGCGCAGUUUGAGGCCUACCUGCAGGAGGAGCUGAAGAUCCGGAGAGUGCUGCACACCUACCACGACUCCCGAAUCCACGCCUGCUUGUACUUCAUCGCCCCCACAGGUCAUUCUCUGAAGUCUCUGGACCUAGUGACAAUGAAGAAGCUGGACAGUAAGGUGAACAUCAUCCCCAUCAUUGCCAAAUCAGAUGCCAUUUCUAAGAGCGAGCUAACAAAGUUCAAAAUCAAAAUCACCAGUGAACUUGUCAGCAACGGGGUCCAGAUCUAUCAAUUCCCCACAGAUGAUGAAUCGGUGGCGGAGAUCAACGGAACCAUGAAUGCCCACCUUCCCUUUGCCGUCAUUGGCAGCACAGAAGAACUGAAGAUAGGGAACAAGAUGAUGAAGGCACGGCAGUAUCCUUGGGGCACAGUACAGGUUGAAAACGAGGCUCACUGCGAUUUUGUGAAGCUGCGGGAGAUGCUGAUUCGGGUCAACAUGGAGGAUCUGCGGGAGCAGACCCACACCCGGCACUAUGAACUGUACCGACGCUGUAAGCUGGAGGAGAUGGGCUUCAAGGACACCGACCCUGACAGCAAACCCUUCAGUUUACAGGAGACAUAUGAGGCCAAAAGAAAUGAAUUCCUAGGAGAGCUGCAGAAAAAGGAAGAGGAGAUGAGACAGAUGUUCGUCCAGAGAGUCAAAGAGAAAGAAGCGGAGCUCAAAGAGGCAGAGAAAGAGCUGCAUGAGAAAUUUGACCGUCUGAAGAAACUUCACCAAGAUGAGAAGAAGAAGCUGGAGGAUAAGAAGAAAUCCCUGGAUGAUGAAGUGAAUGCUUUCAAACAGAGAAAGACGGCGGCUGAGUUGCUCCAGUCUCAGGGUUCCCAGGCUGGAGGCUCACAGACUCUGAAAAGAGAUAAAGAGAAGAAAAAUUAACUCUGCUGUUUGCUGCAUGCUGCAUGAGACCCAGGGUCCUGUAAUCCAUGGCUGUGUACUGAAUAGUAUCCCCUGCUACAGCUGGACUGGACUCCACUUAGGCUUUUAAGCGAAGGUUCCUAUUUUAAUUGACAGCUUUCCUUUGGGGUGCCAGGCGAUCGGGCAUUCCAACCCUGCUGUGUACUUCAAGCCCCACUUUUUUUUUUUUAAUUUCUUCAACUUGCUCCUGCCUCCCAGUCCCACUGACACAGACAAUGACCUUUUUCUUUUUUCUUGUUUUUUCUUUUUUUUGGGGGGGGGGUUGUUUUGUGAUCACAGAGUCAAGAAGGCUAUGCCAAAUUUCUAGGCCUUUUUGAAGUGUCAAAAAAGAGGAAGGGAUUUCUUUAUUCAAUAACAUAUUACUAAAUAGUAGGAAGAAAAAAAACAGCAGAAGAAAGUAGAAAAACUGAAAAGCAGACAUACAUAGGCUUUUCUCUUGUUGAUAAUGCAAGAACUCACUUCUGUUAUAUAUUGGUUGGUGAGUCAAGGAUUGGUUAGUGGUCAGAGGCCAGCAAGAUUGUGAUGCUGCCAAAGCACAUACUAGUUUCUUGGGAAAAUUCAAGUCACAGUGGAGCAUUUUAGGAGACACAAUACUUGUUGGUAAAAACGAACCACCACCAUCAAAACCCUCAUAAACAAAAACCAAAGAAAUCCUCAGCAGUAGCUCAGAGUUAGGGCUGUCAGGUCUCCUUGAGAAAGACUCCUUAUUUACAGCUUUGAUGUUCCUAAAUCCACCUUUGAGGUUACCAACCAGCAAUCACCAUCCUUCUGGGUAAUUCUGGGCAUUACAAACAGGAGGCCCCCUCAUUUGCAUUUGUUUACAGAUUGACCACUUGAGGCUUGAGGAUCUCAAAAUACUUCAAAAGUAUUAAAGCCACAUUGCCUUUGGGAGACCUUCAGAAAGUAAGCAGGUAUUUUAUAUAAAAGGGAGAAAUUUGGGUAAGACAGAUAUAACCCAAAGAGGAAAUUGAGACCCAGAGAAGCAAAGGGAAUUGCCCAAAGUCCUGCUGCUGUUUCUUGGCAAAAAUCAGGCUAGAUUCCUUGUCAUCUGUUUCACCAAGGGAUUCAGUCUGUUUAUAUAUAUUCCUGGAGACAAGGUCUUUUGAUGUUCAGAGAAACCAAAUCAUCAGUGUUAGAGGACCCUAGAGUGUGUUUUUCCUCCAUAGAAAAGCAUGAGGAGGGGACAAGUGGGGGCUGCGAAGGAAGAAGCUCCAGGCCAGCUCCUUAAAAAUAGUCAAGCCUUUUAAAAGCAUCCAAAUGCUUGUUUCCUUGGGUAGUUUUUCUCACGUAGACAUUUUUCCCCCUCUCCACUGAAAAGGCUUGUUAAUUAGUACCAUUGUAACUAUUUUUUAAAAAAUACCCUAAGUUCUCUGUUUACUUCUGGUGAAACUAAACCAGUCAUUAGAAAUGGCCUGUGCUUUUCUUUUCCCAGACUGGAAUGGAAUGGCUUUAAUGAUAAACACACACACACACACACACACACACACACACACACACACACCCUUCAUUUCUUUUAAGCCAAGAAGGUUGCUUUCCCCAGCUGCAGGUUGGAUCACGGUUUUUGCUUUUUUGUUGUUGUUGUUGUUGUUGUUGUUUGUUUGUUUUUAUCAUUUAGCAUUCACAUGUGGCUGUUAAUAUGUGCUUGUUUUUAAUUAAAACAAGAAGCUUUAAA